CUGAGCGGCGUCAUUAUGUCUGGUCGUGGCAAAGGCGGAAAAGGACUGGGAAAAGGGGGUGCUAAGCGCCACCGGAAGGUCUUACGGGAUAACAUCCAGGGCAUUACCAAGCCGGCUAUCAGGCGUCUGGCCCGCCGUGGCGGCGUUAAGCGCAUUUCUGGCCUUAUCUACGAGGAGACCCGCGGUGUGCUCAAAGUGUUCCUGGAGAACGUGAUCCGGGACGCGGUCACCUACACCGAGCACGCCAAGCGCAAGACCGUUACUGCCAUGGAUGUGGUUUACGCGCUCAAACGCCAGGGUAGAUUAAGUCCGUCAGUGCUUACGUGUGUUCCUUCACGUUUAUCUGAAAUGGCUCGUACUAAACAGACAGCUCGUAAGUCCACCGGCGGCAAGGCGCCGCGCAAGCAGCUGGCCACCAAGGCGGCUCGCAAGAGCGCGCCGGCCACGGGCGGCGUGAAGAAGCCCCACCGCUACCGGCCCGGCACGGUGGCCCUGCGCGAGAUCCGCCGCUACCAGAAGUCCACCGAGCUGCUGAUCCGCAAGCUGCCCUUCCAGCGCCUGGUGCGCGAGAUCGCGCAGGACUUCAAGACCGACCUGCGCUUCCAGAGCUCGGCCGUGAUGGCGCUGCAGGAGGCGUGCGAGGCCUACCUGGUGGGGCUCUUUGAGGACACCAACCUGUGCGCCAUCCACGCCAAGCGCGUCACCAUCAUGCCCAAGGACAUCCAGCUCGCGCGACGCAUCCGUGGGGAGAGAGAGUGUCAUGGAGUUGCGAAGUCUAGUUCUUCCCUAAUGUUUGCCUGCUCUACUGCCUUGCCACCUUUGUACACCGUAAGUUUACUUGGAGCUGGUGUACUUGGUGACGGCCUUGGUGCCCUCCGACACGGCGUGCUUGGCCAGCUCCCCGGGCAGCAGCAGGCGCACGGCCGUCUGGAUCUCCCUGGAGGUGAUGGUCGAGCGCUUGUUGUAAUGCGCCAGGCGCGACGCCUCGCCCGCGAUGCGCUCGAAGAUGUCGUUGACGAACGAGUUCAUGAUGCCCAUGGCCUUGGACGAGAUGCCGGUGUCGGGGUGGACCUGCUUCAGCACCUUGUACACUUCCUUACCAUGGCUCGUACCAAGCAGACAGCUCGCAAAUCCACCGGCGGCAAGGCGCCGCGUAAACAGCUGGCCACCAAAGCUGCUCGCAAGAGCGCGCCGGCCACGGGCGGCGUGAAGAAGCCCCACCGCUACCGGCCCGGCACGGUGGCCCUGCGCGAGAUCCGCCGCUACCAAAAGUCCACCGAGCUGCUGAUCCGCAAGCUGCCCUUCCAGCGCCUGGUGCGCGAGAUCGCGCAGGACUUCAAGACCGACCUGCGCUUCCAGAGCUCGGCCGUGAUGGCGCUGCAGGAGGCGUGCGAGGCCUACCUGGUGGGGCUCUUUGAGGACACCAACCUGUGCGCCAUCCACGCCAAGCGCGUCACCAUCAUGCCCAAGGACAUCCAGCUCGCGCGCCGUAUUCGUGGGGAGAGGCAGUCACUUGUUCUCACCAUGUCAGGUCGUGGCAAAGGCGGAAAGGGCCUCGGAAAAGGGGGCGCCAAGCGCCACCGCAAAGUCCUCCGCGACAACAUCCAGGGCAUCACCAAGCCCGCCAUCCGGCGUCUGGCCCGCCGCGGCGGCGUUAAGCGAAUUUCUGGUCUCAUCUACGAGGAGACCCGCGGGGUGCUCAAGGUUUUCCUGGAGAACGUGAUUCGAGACGCGGUCACCUACACCGAGCACGCCAAGCGCAAGACGGUCACCGCCAUGGACGUGGUCUACGCGCUCAAGCGCCAGGGGCGCACUCUCUAUGGCUUCGGAGGCUAAGCUUAAGUUGGCAAGCUGUU